AUGUCCCUCCAGCCAAAUGAUCUGCCCAAUUUCACGCAUGAUAUGAUCAUCAGUCUCAGUCGCGCUGCGCUCAUUUCAGUCAAAAGCUCGACCUGCGCGAUGCACCCGGCCAUCAUCGCUCUCCUCGUCGUCGUCGUCGUUCCAACCGUCGUCGCCGUCGCUUCGCCGCCAAUUCAAUUGUCGGAGUUGUUCAGAAACCUCUCGCCAUUCAUAUUCAUCGCUCUUCUCACCGCAAUGAUGACCGCGAUAGGAUUCGCCGAGUGGCGUCGUCGCAAUCGUCAAAUCGCACCAAUGAAUGUGUGGACCACCGGCGUUCGCCAAACGAUUCCUGAGUUGCACUCGAUCUGA